AUGUCCACUCCCAAAUACACCACCUCCACCUCCAGCAAAAAAACCGGCUACAUCCCAUACCAACCGCCCAAGCCCAAGCCCACCCGCCCCUCCCCACCCACACCCACACCCACACCCACACCCACACCCGCCACCACAACCACAACCACCACCACCACCACCCCCGCGCGCCCACGCCCCACGCCCUCCCCCGCCCCCUCCGCCGCAAGCGGCAUCAGCCCAAAAACAACCAGCGCGGAAUUCACCCCCGCAGCACUCGCCUCAUCCUCAUCAGGCACCGUCGCAUCAAUGAGCUACCUAGACCACCUCAACACCAGCACAGGGUCAGGGCACCCCUUCACCGACCCGUCGCGCCCGCCCGGCACCAGCGCUGGCGGCUACCAAGACCCAGGCCGCCACGGCUCCUACUCGCAACAGCAACCACCAUACAGCCCCUACGGCCCCGGCCACAACAUCCACACGCCGCCUGGCGCACCACCCGCCGUGCCGCCGCGGCUAUACAGUCAGUCUACGACGCCAGCUGUGCCGCCGGGCGGGAGCUUCUCUGGGCAGGGGCAGGGCGGCUAUGGGAGCUUCUCUAGCACGCAGGGGAGCUACUCGGGACAGCAGGGCGGGUAUGGGCAGCAGCAGCAGCAGCAGCCGGGGAGCUUUUCGGGGCAGGGGGGGUAUCCGCCGCCGUCGUCGUCGUCGGCGGGGUAUGGUGCGCAGGGUGGUGGGGGUCCGCCGCCGCAGCAGCAGGGUGCGUAUGGGGGGCCCAAUGGGUCGUUCGCGCAGCAGGGUGGGCAGCAGGGGUAUCCGCCGCAGGGACAGUAUUGGCAGUCGCCGCAGCCGCAGCAGCAAUGGGGAGCGCCCGGGCAGGGGCAGGGUCAAGGUCAAGGUCAGGGACAAGGACAGUAUGGGCAGCCACCACCACAACCGCCGUAUGGGCAGCAGUCACCAGGACAGUAUGGACAGCAGUCACCGGGGCAGUAUGGGCAGCAACCACCGCCAGGACAGUACGGACAGCAAGGGCAAUACGGGCAGCCACCACCACCACCACAAGGCCAGUAUGGCCAGCCGCCACCAGGACAGUACGGACAGCAGCAGCAGCAGCCACCACCGCACCAGCAACCCCCCACCCCACAAAGCCCCUAUGGCCAGCAGCCGCCCUACAACCAAUACAACCAGCAGCAGCAGCAGCAGCAGCAGCAGCCACCAUACGGCUCCCCCGGCCCCGGUCCCGGACAGUACGGCCAACCACCGCCGCCGCAGCCGCAGCCGCCGUACGGCCAGCCUCAGUAUGGCCAGCAGCCGCCAUACGGGCAACAGCAGUACGGAGGAGGGGGGGGAGGAGGGGGAGGAGGCUACCAGGGGCAGCAGCAGCCGUAUAGAGACUACCAGCUGCAGCCGGACUGCCCGACGUGUCAGAGGUGGGGGAUAGGUGUCCGGAGCAUGGGCCGAAGAAGUAUUUUGUGCCCACGCCGGGGUGUCGCGGGUGUGAGAUGUUGA